AUGUGGCUCCGAUCUGUAGAUUCUGCCCUGGACGAGCGCUUUGAUUCUGGAAAUGCUAUCACAUUAAAAGAGUUGGAUCAUCUCGGCUGGUAUAAGAAAAAUACUGGUGUCAAGAUGUUGAUAAAGUGGGUGGAACAAAUGAUUACUGAUGAAGAAGAAAGUGCUACUGUUGUAAGUAAUGCAAUGGGUGAAGCCUCUGAGGUAGAUGCAAACACAACGUUAAGGCUGCUGAAAGAAGCUGCUCAGACCAAACUCUCAGAUGAUUCGCCGGUGAUAGCUGUUCUCGUGUUGGCGUGUGACCGCGUCACAGUUGGUCGCUGCUUGGACCAGCUCCUCAAACACCGACCAUCCAAGCGUCAGUUCCCUAUUGUGGUGAGCCGAGACUGCGAUCACAUUGAGACUGCAGCGGUUAUCGCCUCCUACACUGGCCGUAAUGUCUUCAGCUUGCGGCAGCCGGACCAGUCCUCAAUCGCCAUACCGCAUGAGGAGAAGCAUCUACUAGGGUACUACAAAGUGGCGCGCCACUACCGCUGGCUCCUCAACCUCAUAUUCGACACCGUCGGCUUCGACUUCGCCAUCGUCGUCGAGGACGACAUCGACACAGCUCCAGAUUUCUUCGAGUACUUCGCAGCGACGAGGAAGCUCCUGGAACGAGAUCCAUCCCUGUGGUGCGUCUCCGCGUGGAACGACAACGGGAAGUCUCACCUCGUGGAUCUCGAGGCGGGUGCACUGAUCCACCGCACCGACUUCUUCCCGGGUUUGGGUUGGAUGCUGGCCCGGAAAGAGUGGGCCAGGUUGGCUCCAGGGUGGCCGAAAGCCUUCUGGGACGACUGGCUGCGAAGACCAGAGCAACGCCUCGGCCGCGCGUGUCUGAGGCCCGAGAUCUCCCGGACGCGAGUUUUCGCAGCUUAUGGCGUCAGCAGGGGCUACUACUUCGAGGAACACAUCAGACGAGUAGUCCUCAGCAAGCAUUUCGUGCCAUUCACCCAGUUCCGCCUCGAUCAUCUGCUGAAGGACAACUACGACCCGCGUUUCAACAGGACUGUGAGUGGUAGCCCAGUGGUCACCAAGGAACAGCUCCUACGUCGUAGUAUCACCGACAGCGGGCCUGUCCGUAUCACGUACGGUUCGCAGUACAACUUUAGACAGGUGGCGCAAACCUUCCACCUGAUGGAUGACGUCAAAAGUGGUGUGCCCCGCACAGCCUAUCAAGGGGUUGUCACAUUCAUGUACAAUGGGGUGAGGGUAUAUUUGGCUCCCAAGUAUAGCUGGAAGGGGUACAACUGGAGUUAG